AUGGAGCUAAUCGACCGAACAUCUCGAAGGAGAGAAGCAGAACAUCCAUCGGGCGACAAAUCGGUACAAACUAAGGCGGACGUAUGGCGUCGGUCAACUAAUGCCUAUCGCAAUUCGAAGGAACAAUGCCAACAGUCAAGUCUGCAGACCUGGCGUCGGUCAACUGCUGCGUAUCAUACUUCAAAAGACCGAUGCCAGAAAUCGACCAUGCAAACCUGGCGUCGGUCAGCUUCUGCAUACUACAACUCAAAGGAUCGAUGUCAUCAAACCACAGUGGAGACCUGGCAUCGAUCGGCAGAUGCAUGGGCUCGCUCGAAGAAUAUCUGUCUUAAAUCGACAGCCAAUUUGUUGAACCGAUCCGCCGACAAGAUAUAUCGACCAAUCAGCCGAUCGGACCUUUUGGAAUUUCAGCCAGAGAAAGAGGACAAUGAAGCCCCUAGACAACUUGAAGCACCAAAGGGAUGGCCUAAAAGCAAGCCUGAGAAGUCACAAUCUGUCAUAAAAUCGACUCAAAUAUCCAUGCCUCGAGAACGUUCGGAAUCAUCGGUAUCAUCAUUAGCAUUAAAUAGGCCACUAAAGCUUUCAGAGGCAGAUCCAACUUCAUCAGCAUCGCAAGCUUUAUCUGUCGAGCUCUCUACAUCGAAGAAAAGACCAGAUGAACAAAUAAGAAGCUUGCUUAACUUGCUGGACAACGUCUCUACUCAAGCUAUGCAAGCAAAGAAGAUAAGAGACAGCAAGUCUCCUUGCUUGGGUGAAAUUGAGCAUAACUGGGUAAAUUCUACCAUAAUCGACGCCGAAGAUUCUGCUCAGGAUCUACGCGGAUUGCUUGAAAUAUAUAGUUUGGAUCUGUCCAAGAGGAAAGGAAAAGGAAAAGUGGCCAGUGCAAACCGCAAGCGUUGGAAGCUGCGAGAUUGCCAGUUUGCCAAAGAAAGACAAGGUCGCUUAAUUCGACACCGAAGCCGAUUGGAACGUGUGAUAGCACAUCUCGAGAUGCUUGAAGUACCUUCAAAUAUCGACUCUAACUCGACUACCGAUUCUCCGAUCAGUGAACUAGAGGAAGAUUGUGUUCCAGAACUCUCAGCUGACCUGGGAGAUUCUCCAACUGCUCUUGCCAAGCUUCCCUUUUCGCCAGCUCCAGUUCCCCGGAAACCUGUCAGUGUGAUUGCAGAGUUACCUGGUAAUCCAAUUGUCGCAAAGGUCAAGCCCAUGCCACCAAUACCAAAAAUAAUUGUGACAAAUACUCCGGAUGGCUCGUCAUAUGAUUAUAUAGGCAGCCCUGAUACGACUCAUUCCAACGAAAUCAACGAGAUGAGUAAAUUUUUGUCUUGGAAGGAGACGAGAAACAGCAUUCGUCUGCAACAAUCGGAAUCUUUUUCCAACAUCAUCACGAAAAUGGAAAGAAGUCGAGUAAAAUAA